CAGAUCCAGGGAACGCCAUUUUGAUCGUGCAGCUUCAGUGGGUAUGAAUGUGGUGUGGCAGGGCUGUUGGUUCAGCUACCUGGCUUUACUUGCUUUGUUUCCAUAGAUACAGGUAGAGACGUCUACAUAUUUCUGUCUAGGCCUUUAUCCAGUAUCUAGCGUCUGAGGAAAACCACAAGAUGAUGUUAAGGGGAAACCUGAAGCAAGUGCGCAUAGAGAAGAACCCGGCCCGCCUUCGCGCCCUCGAGUCCGCGGCUGGGGACAGCGAGCCGGUGGCAGCGGCCGCCCUGGCGCUCACGCUGGCCGGAGAGCAGGCGCCGCCACCCGCGCCCCCGGAAGACCACCCGGACGAAGAGGUAGGCUUCACCAUUGACAUCAAGAGUUUCCUCAAGCCGGGAGAGAAGACCUACACGCAGCGCUGCCGCCUCUUCGUGGGGAACCUGCCGACCGACAUCACGGAGGAGGACUUCAAGAGGCUCUUCGAGCGCUACGGUGAGCCAAGUGAGGUCUUCAUCAACCGCGACCGGGGCUUCGGUUUCAUCCGUCUGGAAUCCAGAACACUGGCUGAAAUUGCAAAAGCAGAACUGGAUGGCACUAUUUUGAAGAGCAGACCUCUCCGAAUUCGCUUUGCUACACAUGGAGCAGCCCUAACAGUCAAGAACCUUUCUCCAGUUGUUUCCAAUGAACUUUUAGAGCAAGCAUUUUCACAGUUUGGUCCAGUAGAGAAAGCUGUUGUGGUUGUGGAUGAUCGUGGGAGAGCUACUGGAAAAGGUUUUGUAGAAUUUGCAGCAAAACCUCCUGCACGAAAGGCUCUAGAAAGAUGUGGUGAUGGAGCAUUCUUGCUAACAACAACACCUCGUCCAGUUAUUGUGGAACCCAUGGAGCAGUUUGAUGAUGAAGAUGGCUUGCCAGAGAAGCUCAUGCAGAAAACACAACAAUACCAUAAGGAAAGAGAACAGCCACCACGCUUUGCUCAACCUGGCACAUUUGAAUUUGAGUAUGCAUCUCGAUGGAAGGCUCUUGAUGAAAUGGAGAAGCAGCAGCGUGAACAGGUUGAUAGAAACAUUAGAGAAGCCAAAGAGAAACUGGAGGCAGAAAUGGAAGCAGCUAGGCAUGAGCACCAGUUAAUGCUAAUGAGGCAAGAUUUAAUGAGACGUCAAGAAGAACUCAGACGCUUGGAAGAACUCAGAAACCAAGAGUUGCAAAAGCGGAAGCAAAUACAACUGAGACAUGAAGAGGAACAUCGGCGUCGUGAGGAAGAAAUGAUCCGACACAGAGAACAGGAGGAAUUGAGACGACAGCAAGAGAGCUUUAAACCAAACUAUAUGGAAAAUAGAGAACAGGAAAUGAGAAUGGGUGAUAUGGGUCCCCGUGGAGCAAUAAGCAUGGGAGAUGCGUUUAGCCCAGCACCUGCUGGUAACCAAGGUCCUCCUCCAAUGAUGGGUAUGAAUAUGAACAACAGAGGAACUAUUCCUGGCCCACCAAUGGGUCCUGGUCCUGCCAUGGGACCAGAAGGAGCUGCAAAUAUGGGAACUCCAAUGAUGCCAGAUAAUGGAGCAGUGCACAAUGAUAGGUUUCCCCAAGGACCACCAUCCCAGAUGGGCUCACCUAUGGGGACUAGAACAGGUUCUGAAACCCCACAAGCACCAAUGAGUGGUGUAGGUCCUGUAAGUGGUGGUCCUGGUGGAUUUGGUAGAGGAAGUCAAGGGGGCAGCUUCGAAGGUCCUAAUAAGCGUCGGAGAUACUAAGCAUUCUUUCAUUCCUGACUAUUUAGAAAAAAGUUUCAAUGGUAUGCCUUUACACCUGUUAACUGGAAGAAAUGGUUUGUUGUUAAUGUAUGUAGACUUAAAAACUUUUCUUUUGUAAAAUUUGAGGUCUUUGUAUUUUUCUUUACUUUUAAGCUUUGUAGAUUAUAGAUUAGUGAUGAUGAUGCUCAUCAUUUGUGAAUGUUAAAAUGUUUGUGACUUUAGUUAAGUAUAAAUAACUAUGCCACAAUACUGUGAAACCUAUGUAGUUACUUAAUCUUAAUAAAGAAAUCAGUUUUGGUUAAUUUAAAAAUGUUAUUAGUGGUUCCCUUAUGGUCUUACAAAACUUGCUGUGGCCAUAAAAAUAUAGUUCGGUUGUUUUAGCUAAUACCAGCCAUUUAAAAUUAAAAAUGAUUUUGCUUUUCAGUUUGUUCAAGUAGCCCUGAAAUUAGAAGUUUAGUAAAGCUAAUGUCAGUAAAGGGUAAAUAGAGUAGUAUAUUUGGGGGUGGGAGGCAUGGACAUUUAAUUUGUAUAAGUCAUUGAUUGUGUAAAAUUUGAGUUGUUUGCUUAUAUUUUAUUUAGAUUCUCAAUAUUCAUAUAUUCUGAGAGGGGUUAUUAAGGCUAUCUUUGUUCCUGUGCUGAUUUUUUUCAAAUAAAUGAUUUGAAUCUUGA